GUGCGUGUCAUCGUCGUUGAAAUGUGUAGCCGACAGACAUACAUGUACAUAGGUACCUGUAACUGCGCCUUCACGCUAUGUACACCGUUUUAAUGACCUAUUUAUUACUGUGAGGAAUACUGUGUGGUGCAGGCUGUCCAUUAAAAACAUGUAUCUAGGUACCUGAGAUACCAGGGUACCAGUAGGCUUGUAUUUCGUACCCUUGAAUGGAGCUGAGGUCUUUAAUUAAAAAAAAAAAAAAAAAAAAAAAAAAAAAACUUUCAACUUGUCAAGAAUUCCUAUAUAUAAUUAUCUCCAGUUGUUAGGCCACCAACUUCGAUGGAACCGGAUACUGCUGGGUUCUUUGAAGAACCGGCCGAUUAUUAUCCUCCAUCACCGCCUCCAACCUCCCAGGUUUAUACGCUGCAGACAGGGGAGAAAAUCACACUUCACCUUGUAGGUCACAGCCCCUUGGAAGCCCACCAUCUCUGGAAUGGCAGUCGUAUUAUAUCCAAGUACUUCGAGUCCCAUGUAUCCGAAGUUAAAGGCCGAGCUGUGCUUGAGCUCGGAGCCGGUGCCGGACUUCCUAGCAUUGUGAGCGCCAUCCUGGGGGCCGAAAGGGUCGUGGUCACCGACUACCCCGAUCCGGAUCUGGUCGUCAACAUGAAGAAAAACAUACUAGGCUGCGAACUUAUACCUGUAGUAGACGGCCAGCCUGACAACUCUCCAAUUGUUGCCGACGGCUACGUCUGGGGAGCUGAUGCGACUCAUCUACUCUCGCAUCUAGAGCCGGUUAGGAGGGACAAAUUUGAUGUGCUUAUCCUAGCCGAUUUACUCUUCAGACAUUCCGAACAUGGAAAUAUGAUAUCAACAAUCGAGGCGACGAUGAGCCGAAAGAAGGAUAGUACGGCCUUCGUCUGCUUCACAAGUUACCGGCCAUGGCUGCAGCACAAAGAUCUCGCAUUCUUCGACCUUGCGCGAGAGAAAGGGUUUCUAGUCGAGAAGAUCCUAGAGGAGAAGAUGGACAAGGCUAUGUUCGAAAAUGACCCAGGCGACGAGGAUGUUCGGAAGACGGUUACAGGAUUCACUUUACGCUGGCCUGAUGAAAAGUGCAUAUAGAUUGCCCCGGGCGCAGUUUGUUUGACUUGUGCUAAUUUUUCAUCAAUGCCCUCCCCGCACUUCUCCGGAUUCAAUCCAAACGAUGAGAGAGAAAUAUGCGCAGCAUCUCGUCUGACACGCAGUUGUGCGCCGCCCUUCUUCAUUCGACCGCAAGUCAUCGCACAUACAGACAGCUACACAAACAGCUAAAAUGAAAUGAGGUAAACUGCACCAUCCAUUCUCCCAACAGCAUGUGACCAGAAACGAACGAGCGCUCAAUAGUGCAGAUCCUACCGUGGCGGCUGUAGAACUUAUAUUAGGGCUAUGAUGCUUCCGUCUUCUAUUGGGCAAAAUAUAGCGCGAGACACCAAAAGCCAAUUGCGUCUAACAAGUACGCCUUAUCUCGGGCGCUCUUCAUACAUAUUGUUCGUGUUCCUCGUCCUUUUCCGCCUCCUUUAGAGAGGUAGUGUUGGGUGGAUCUACGAGGCGGUGCAUGCAAGUGUUGAUUAUGUCGCCCCCAAAACCUACCACAUCCGAUUCUUCUGGUAACGGUUCCUAGUCAGCUUUCCUACUGGCCCUAAUUUUCCUUGUUAUCGUUGUUAUUAAUUUCAAUAUGGCGUCUUAAAUGAGUAGAUACC